UAGGAAAACGAAAAUGUAUCAAGUAAGUUGUUUUUAUUUUACUAAUUCCACUUACAUUUACAGGCCUUAAAAUGUACGCUAACGACAUUGGUUGCCUUUGCAAUCGUCAACAUGAGUGUCUUACUUCCUUUGGUCGUGCACUGGCACCUAUUAAGACUCGACCGAGGCGAAUCAGAAUGGUGCUCUGCCUUAGACGUCACAAGUCAAGGAAACCCAGACCUUCUUGGACAGCUUAUAGUGAAGACUGACAAAAAUACAAAUCGAAACAAAGCAUGUGGCAAACUGAGUACCAUGUUGACAACAGUUGUUAAUCAGAAUAUACAUGACAGCUACGACAGUGACGCUUGUCCAGAGCCAGAGAUUCUUGAUUUAGGUAUCAAAGCAUUCAACUGUACAGCUUCAAAGAAAGCUGAAUCUACGUUACACCUUAAUAACGUACUAUCACAUGCAAAACCAGUACCUGGGAAACGUACUAAAGUAUACUGGACCCCCGUUACAUAUAUGAUUACACAUCAUAUGAAAUACAUGCAGGAAGAAGGGGCUGUCUACAUCAAGCAAUCUGGCUAUUACUUUGUGUCGUCUUUGCUGACAGUAAGAGCAAACAACAUGACAUCGACUGAUACCGUCACAGGUUUCGAGGAUACAAUGAGUCACGUUGUUAACGUAAUAAGCCAUCAAGAUGGGGCUGAACGAGUUCUUCUUGAACACGUCAAGUUUAUGUGUGAAUUAUCCUUCGGACAUGCAGAAUGGUCAAGUAAUAUAGGAGCACCUUUUUACUUAAAUGAGCAGGAUAGCGUAUACGUGGCAACAUCACAUCCGUAUAACAUUGUCAGUGGUCACAGUAAUAAUUAUCUAAGCAUUCAUACCAUUUUGUAAGAAAAAGAAAAUUAAAAGAACAAACAAACAAUAAAAA